CCAGGCGCCCGCCCUCCUGCCUAUGGAGUCUGAGCUGCAGAGACGCGGGAGCUGCGUCGGGGCUCCUAGGGCAGAGCUGAAGGGCAGAGAGCAUCCUGGCGGCACCCAGGGUGCCAAGCUCCGGGAGCCCCGGCGCCGGGGGAGGGGCUCAGAGCCGGCCCCGCCCCCGCCCCCCAGGGGAAGGAAGAAGAAAAAGGGGAACCGGCCCAUCCUCUCACACUAAACUAGCCUCUCAGGACUGAAAGCCGCUGCCCUGGGAGGACCACACAGAGGGGCAGCCUAGAAACUCUGAGGCUUCCAGGUGGACACCAGAGGCUUGAAGCCACGGACCAGCAAGAAUCGAAGACAUCCUUCAGUCACUUCUACUCAACCAGGGUCUGGCAGUGGCCCCCAUGGGGUCUGUGAGUUCCCGAAGUCACAGGGCGGAAGCCCAGGUGGUGAUGAUGGGCCUGGACUCGGCCGGCAAGACCACGCUCCUGUACAAACUGAAGGGCCACCAGCUGGUGGAGACCCUGCCCACCGUGGGUUUCAACGUGGAGCCCCUCGAGGCCCCCGGGCAGGUGUGCCUCACCCUCUGGGAUGUCGGGGGGCAGAGCUCACUCAGGACCAGCUGGAAGGACUACCUGGAGGGCGCGGCCGUCCUCGUGUUUGUGCUGGACAGCACAGACGAGGCCCGCUUGCCCGAGGCAGUGGCUGAGCUCACGGAGGUCCUGGAGGACCCCCACCUGGACGGCGUCCCCCUCCUGGUGCUGGCCAACAAGCAGGAGGCACCCCACGCCCUGCCGCUGCCCGAGAUCCGAGACAGGCUAGGCCUGCAGAGGUUCCCGGGACUCUGCUGGCAGCUGCGGGCCUGCAGUGCCCUCACCGGCGAGGGGCUGCCCGAGGCCCUGGGGAGCCUGAGGCGUCUCCUGAGCUACCGCAGCCCCCCGAGUCUCCAGGUGAGUGCAGGGGGCGGCCGUCGGGAGACCUGAGAGCCUCGAUCUGGGCAGAGCAGCCUGUCUUCUCUGCUCUUACAGACUGGAACACCAGCUAAUCCUGGAGAGAACCUCAAGUUCUGUUUAUCAAACAAGGAACCCUCCUAGGCUCAGACACAAUAUUUAAGUCUUGGGACUUAUUGUCACCGGUGUUUAUGUUGCAAAUCAGCUACUCUUGGAAUAAUGAUACUCUAAGUGUUCCAGGUGGUUCAGCAGCAAAGAAUCUGCCUGCAACGCAGGAGACAUGGGUUUGAUCCCUGGGUCGUGAAGAUCCCCUGGAGAAGGGAGUGGCAACCCACUCCAGUAUUCUUGCCUGGAGAAUCCUGUGGACAGAGGAGCCUGGCGGGCUACAGUCCAUGGGCUCACAAGAGAAUCGGACAUGACUUACCGACUAAACGACAACAAAGAAAAAAAAAUACCUCAACAUAAUUUGUUUAGUAAUUCAUCAUUACCACGUGUGAACUGAGAAACUGUAAUAACAGAACAAGUGGCUGCCGAAUAAUUAAGACCUAAAUUCACAGAGGGAAAGAGGUUUCAAAAUCAGAUCAGAAUAUCCGACUUGGACAUGUUCACGAUCUUAUGAGUUAUUGUCCUUAGUAGCCCCCUAAAUCGCAAGCAGUCAGGGCCAGCAGGGUCAAGCCUGCUUCCAAAGGACCUCGGGUUAGAAGUUGGCUGGGGCACUCAGCCCUGGACAGAGGCUGGGAAUUCAGACCUUCCAAAAUCAAUCACCUUCUCUGACCCUGACUAGUCAUUCUCUGGAGGAGGGCGUGACAGCCCACUCAAGUAUUCUUGCCUGGAGAAUCCCAUGGACAGAGGAGCCCGACGGGCUACAGUCCAUAGGCUCGCAAAGAGUCAGACAUGACUGAAGCGACUGAGCAUGAAUGCAUGGAUGCACAGCCCUUCUCCACCUUUUUGUUAUCCUGUGCUGGUCUUUUUCCAGAACCCUUCGUUGUUUUCUUUCUGUUUUCCUUCUUUCUUCUCCUUGUCUUGUAUAGAUUCCCUUAAAGAUCAAUCAGUUUCAUUCA